AUGCAGGAGUCUCCAGGUGCGGUUGGUGUGGAUGGCAGCUACACUAGUAAUGUCCCAGCCUUUCUAACGAAGCUGUGGACCCUGGUUGAGGACCCAGACACCAACCACCUCAUCUGCUGGAAUGGUUUUCGUAAGGUGGUAAACAUCGAGCAGAGUGGUUUGGUGAAACCGGAGAGAGACGAUACAGAGUUCCAACAUCUGUACUUCCUCCAGGGACAUGAGCACAUGCUGGAACACAUCAAAAGAAAGGUGUCCAUAGUGAAGAGUGAAGAGACUAAAUCUAUAAACAGGUGGCUAGAACAAACCGUUCAGGUCGUACUUGUAAUGUUUCGCAUUUGUUCUUAUUUCUGAUCUCUGCAAUGCUUCCCCUCCGUUUGCAGGCAGAAUGAGGUGCUGUGGCGGGAGGUGGUGUCACUGAGACAGAACCACACGCAGCAACAGAAAGUCAUGAACAAGUUCAUCUACUCUCACUGCAAGCCUCUGAUGUUGGACGAUGGCUCUCCCAGCCCUCCUGCCUCCAAGUUCAGCCAUAGUCACCAGAUGGAAGCCAUCCACGAGCCCUUCUACAUCCAGUCGGUCACAGACGCUGCUGUUACGCUUUGUACUCCAGUGGGCACCAGUUUGAGCCCCAGGCCCUGCCAGGCUAUUUCCUACACGUGA